AUGGCACCUAGAAAGAACGCCCGCGAAGCUGCGGCUUCAGCAGCUGCAUCGACCGUCCCCGCCGCCGCCGCCCCCGUUGCCGCUCCGACCCAGACGAAGCCCAAGCCUACCGCCGGCGCAGCCACAUGGGACAAGGUCCUCCAGAACAUCUACGCCUACUACAUGGCCGAGACGCCCCAGCGCACCAAGCUCCUCGACGUGUUUCUCGCCUUCCUCGCCGUCGUCGGAGCUCUGCAGUUCGUAUACUGCGUCCUCGCCGGCAACUAUCCCUUUAACGCUUUCCUAUCUGGCUUCUGCGGUACCGUCGGCCAAUUCGUCCUCACAAUCUCCCUACGCAUCCAGACCACCACCGCCAACAAGUCCGAGUUCCCCAAGGUUUCUCCCGAGAGGGCCUUUGCCGACUACAUCGUGUGCAGCCUGAUUCUGCACUUUUUCUGCGUCAACUUUAUCAACUAG